AGACGACGCGGUGACGUCGUACGUUGUUUACGACCGAUCAGCUGCUGCCUCACUUAGCUUUAGCUUCAGCUGAUGUGCUCUAACAAACAUAAAUCCAGCGAUAGACGGGCAGUGAGCAUGCAGAAAAAAGUAGAAUAAUAAAAAUGGUCCUGAACAGUUAAGGAGACAGUGAUGCCAUAGAGGAAGAAGCCACUGCCAAGUCUCCUCCAACGAGGAGGAGAAGUUUCCUUUAGAAAUGGCGACUGAACUUCACGAGGCUAUUUUCAUGGCCAAGCAGGAGCGCCACAAAAACCUGUAUCUUAACUACAGGAAUCUGAAUAAUUUCCCCAUAGAGCUGUUGAAGGAUGAAGGCCUGCAGUUUCUGGAGAGGCUGUACAUGAAGAGAAACUCCCUCACUACACUGCCUGACAAUCUUGCUCAGAAACUCCCAAAUCUAAUUGAACUGUAUUUGCACUCAAACAACAUAGUCAUUAUUCCAGAAGCUAUUGGAAACUUGGCCAGACUGCAGUCAUUGGACCUGAGUAAUAACGCCCUCCAGCUCCUCUGUCCAGAGAUCGGCCGACUGAGGUCUCUACGGCACCUGAGACUGUCCAAUAACCAGCUGAAAUGCCUUCCACCAGAGAUCGGUGAUCUGCAGGAACUGGAGACUCUGGACAUAUCGAUGAACCAGCUGAUGUCUCUACCAGAUCGGCUGCACCGCUGCGUUUCUCUGCAGAAUCUGACAGCGGACCACAACCAAUUAAGUCACAUUCCUCGACAGCUCUGCUGGCUUCACCGUCUCAACCAGCUCUCCAUGGCUGCCAACCGGCUGACCUUCCUACCGCUCGAUCUGGGCAGAUCACGGGAGCUGCAGUUUGUAUUUGUGGACAACAAUGUGGAGCUAAAAGGCCUUCCCUCAUACUUGUAUAACAAGGUCAUCGGCUGCAGCGGGUGUGGUGUGUCAGCCCACGUAUUGGAGGGUGACCUGGGUGAGGCGCUGGGUGAGGCGUUGAGCGAGGCUUUGGUCGGGCUUCCGGCUGAAGUGAAGGUGGUGGGCUCAGUGACGGAUAACGUGGUUCCCCUGGAGGAGCUCGCAAUGAGAAGCCUGCACCGUAUCUACCACCACCGGCAAACAGAUCUCAACUUGCUGCCUCCCAUCAGCCUCCCAAAGAGCCUCCUAGAUCUGCUGCGGUUCCCCCUGGGACACUGCCACCGCUGUAGUCAAGCCAUCUUCACCAUCAUCUAUCCCAAACUCUUCCCUCUCCGUGACACCGCACUGGCAGGAGUGCACCGCAGGACAACUGUGAGUUUUGUGGCCUAUUGCUGCUCCAGUCACUGCCUCCGGACCUUUGACCUUCAGGGUUGACGUCAUUAUGUUUUGGUACAUCUCCGGUACACUUUCGCUCAGGAGCUGCUGAGUGGUUUCCAGAAGGUGACAGAUGAUGGUUUGUGUGUAUCUUGAAGGUCGGUUCACGUCAGGAACGCCGUGCUUGAUUGACAGUACUAAGAAGCGCAGAGAAGCAGCCUGUGUGGAUGUUUGGUGGGUCACAUGAUGGACACGAACGACAAUUCAACACACUUAAGUCAAAGACUCAAACCUACAUGAUGUUCCUGAGACUAAAUGGGAGGAUUGUAUUCCUGUGUGUGUGUGUGGUGGGGAUCAAAAUAAUAACUGCUGUGUGUGAACAUUGCAUCUAUGUGCUUGUUCAACUAGCUCUGUCUAGAAACUAACAGUAUUAGACCUGAAGUAACUUCUCACAAACGGGCACUUUUUAAGAACAAGCACUUCAUUUCAUUUUUGUGAAAUCUGUAAUUUUUUCACACAGAAGUUUGCAGCAGACACAUCCCAUUGAUUGUGGAGUCAUAUUUGAGGUAUUAACAUUUUAUGGUACAGUUUGUUUUACUGAUUACUGAAGAACAUUUGAAGUGUGAUGAUUAAAAAAAAAAAAAGGAAGUGUAGCAGUUGGAUAAUAAAAUAAAGUGUCAUUUAAAACUUUAUUUCACUUUGUAAAAUUUGCGGGAACACAAAGGUUUCUGUCAUCAUCUGUAGGAAAUAACAUUUGCACACUUGCUGAUGCUUUUGUGUUAAUGUUCAUUACUAUGUUGUAUAUUUCUUAUUUAUCGUUUGUUGGAUUGUGUUGGCAGUAAAUGUUUGACUCUGGAGUGGAUUCAUUGGAAGGUGUUAAUGUGACCACCGCCUGUUUUACACUCAGCUGUAGAAAACAACACUUUACUGUUAUGAGCUUUUCAUAUAAAUACUUAACACUGGUCACAACAGAG